GUCCUGGAGCGGAAGCGCAAGGCCCGCGCCGAGCUGGCCGAGCGCAGGGCUGGCAAGCCCCUCUUCCAUCAGCUCCAGCAGCUGGGGGGCAAGAUGGCGGCGGUCGACAAGAAGUUGGGACGACAGCGAGACGAGGUCGUCCCCGACCUCGAGCGGCGGUUGGCCCGGGCGCAGGAGCAGGGGUGGAUCUGGGCACGGGAGCUGGAGUCGCUGCGGCAGGAGACGGCUGCCUUGGCCCAGCGCCUGGCCCAGCAGCAGCAGCAGCCUGCCUACGGUGGCAUUCCCGUCGUGGCCGUGCAGGAGCAUGGCGAGCCAGCAGACUGGCUUCAGGUGAGGGGCAUCGGCUGGGUCGCUUCUUUCGCGCUGUACCUCUUCACAGGCAAGCCCGUCACGUGGCAUCUGAAUGCAGCCGUCUUGGAUGAGGUAGUUCACUGGAUUGCGCAGCUUUGCCUCCGGUGGAUCGCCGUGGGCGAUUUCAGCCACGAGUCAGUUGUGAAGCAGGGCAUGGAGUCUUUCGUGGAUCGCGCGAUCGACUUCUUCUGGUUGGAUGGUCGGUUGGCCUCCGUCCUCGACCCCGCGCAGUCAUUCGAGCACAUGCCCUGCUGGCCGCACAGGCCCACGUGGAUCCGAUCAGCCAAGCCUUGGCGCGCCUACAGGGUGAAGGCGCUCAAGGGACCUCGCCAGUAUACCACCGAGCGGCCGCCGCCGGUUGCUCAGCCUACCGCGCCCUUGGAGUACCCCAAGGUGGACCUCGAGAGGGGCCCCCGGCAGCAGCAGCAGCUCGAUGCGGGCUGGCAGCGCUUCUGCACGGCCGCGGAGGCGGAGCUGCGCGCGCUGUUCGGCUGGGGCCAGGCCGAUGCGCGGAGGUACGAAGGUCGGGGUUUGGCCCCCGAGGUGGUGGAGGGACAGCUGCCCCCUCAGAGGCAGUGUCCCAUCGCGGAGCGAGGGCCCGCGAGGGCCUGGAGGCGGGCCGCGGGCGCGUUGGCUUGGAUAGGAGGUCUCGCGCCAGCUGAGGCGCGCCUGGCGCAAGCUGCAGUUGGCACGGCACCACUGCACGUGGAACCCUGGGGCGUCUUCCUGGCCCCCGUGCUGCGCGAGGCGUCGAACCGCGUGCCCACGGUCGGCAUCGCUAAGCUGAUGCUCCAACUGCAGCGGUUCACCAGGAGCCGCGCCCAGACCCUGGAGCAGGGGCCCACGCGCCAGCGAGCAGCUCGAUCCUAUGAGAAGUUGAGCGACAACUAUCCUGGAUCAGGAGGCUACUUGUGCAAGAUAUGUCACUGGAGGCACGCCUGGAAGGGGCCAAUUUCUUCGGUGCGCAAGGUCAAACUGGCAGCGAACCCUCGGAGUGCAGUCAACACGGAGGCCCAGGAGUGGGCAUCCACAUGGGGGGCAGACGACGGCAGCUACGACAGACUGUGGCAGGCCCAGGGCGCGCAGCUGGAGCGCCACAGUGAUGCAGUACAGCUUCCACUGGAUGCACAGCAGGUGCGUGCCAUACGUCGCAGCUACAAGUGGCGCACUGGGUUCGGACUUGGACGCCUG